AUGUCUGAGGCCGGGAAUGACCGCGCGGACUCUUCCCUAUCAGGCAGCGACAGCGCGGGCUCUCCUCCCCCCGCAGAUGUCGACCGCACGGUCUUUUCCCCAGCAGAUGUCGACAAAAUGAUCGCCGGGUCUCACAAGAUGAUCGCCGGGUGUGAGGAGUUUACGACAGAACUUGGUCGUCUCGCGAACCAGCACCGCGACUACGUCACACAACAGGGCCUGCAAGCAAUGAUCCAGCCCAUACUGGACAGGAUGGACACGAUGGAGACGAAUCUCAAGGCGGAGCAGAACCGGAUGGAGGCUCGGCUCAAGGCGGACCUGACGACCCAGCUCGACGCCUUUAAAACGGAGCAUACAAAAGCUACGGCAAUGGCAAUUGCUGCAAGCAUCACCAAUGCCUAUACCCGUUCUAACAAUGGCCGAAUCACCAACCGAGACCAACCUCUCAACCCGAUUGUGUCGCUUACGACAGGCGAACCGAUCAUGGAAACCACCAAGUCGAUGAACGAGCUCGCAAAUCUUUGCAGCAACCGCAACCGCAUCCGCUUGAACAACCAUCUCCAAGCCAUGGGCCUAUCCGUCGACGGAAGCACUGGCGAGAAGCGGCUGCGAAUUGCUCAGGCGAUGGGGGCCGUAGGCCUCUAG